AUGGAAGUUUGGAACCCAGCCAUUAAAAAGUCAGUGACCCUUCCCAAGCCUGGUAUUACCUAUCAGACACAUGGUCGGUACGAUGCUUCUAUUGGGUUCGGUUUUGAUGCUACAACCAAUGACUAUAAGGUUGUGCGAGUUGUGACUUUAUUGGAUGAAGAUGAGAAGCCAACUCUAGCUGAGGUUUAUUCCCUAGCCACCGACACAUGGAGCACCCUUGGUUGUGUUUUUCCUGCAUGUCUAAUAGAUAAAGCUGCAUCCAAUGCUUUUGUUAAUGGGGUUCUUCAUUGGCCUGUAGUCUGUCAGACAGAUGUUGAUUCUUACUAUAUUAUAUUGACAUUUGACCUGGGCAAGGAGGUGUUCAGUAAGAUACCUAUGCCGAAGAUUAUUCAAUGGAAUUUCAAGUUGGGAUUGCAAUUGUCUGUUUCAGAUAACAGAAAAUCUAUUGCUUUGUGCAUGACGCUCAACAAUCGUGAAGAUUUCAUAACGGAUUAUAGGCCUGAAGAUUUUGUUAUUGAUAUAUGGGUGAUGAAAGAGUAUAUCAGAGAGGAAUCAUGGACCAAAUUGAAUGCUCUCUGUCCACAAGGUCCAGAAACAAUUUUCCUUGGCACCUUAUGUUUUAGGAAGAGUGGGGAAGUACCAUUACUGCUCAAAGAAGAAGAGAGACAGGAACUAGUAUCAAUAGACCUUGUCAGCAAACAGUAUAAAAUUCUUGGGAUUUCUGGAUAUAAAUAUUGUACUGGUCAUUUUUAUAGAGAGCCUCCUCUUACUCGACAAGAGCGAUGCAAAGUCUUACUAAAGAGAAAGAACAGGUAA